AUGGACAAGAGGACUAGUACUCAUGAUGUUCUGCUCGUCCUUUUGCUUUGGUACCUGUUGUUAGCAACUACCACCUUUACCCAAUAUUGCCAUGCAAAUCCAAAUGGCCUCUGCCUAAAAAACGAGAGAGAAGCCCUCUUGACUUUCAAACAAGGUAUCAUAGAUCCUUUAAACCGACUCUCAUCUUGGACAGGCGAGGAGUGUUGUCUGUGGAGUGGAAUUGGCUGUGACAACGUUACUGGGCAUGUCAUCAAGCUAAACCUCCAAUAUCGUCCUAAUUUCAGUACUGCACCCGAGUCACCUCCUGCAGCUUUGGAGGGUCCGAUAAAUGAUUCUCUUCUGGUAUUAGAAAAUCUUUUCCAUUUGGACCUAAGUUCCAAUUCUUUUGGAGGUAAUCGUAUCCCAAGUUUCUUUGGUUACUUUCGGAAUUUAAGAUACCUAGACCUAUCAUAUGCGGAUUUUGAGGGUGCAAUUCCAUCUCAGUUGGGGAAUCUGUCUAAUUUGCAAUAUCUUGACCUUCAAGGUUACUUCCUGAAUUCUGACGACCUUGAAUGGUUGUCUCGUCUUUCCUUGCUAGAAUUUCUAAACAUGAGUUGGGUCGAUCUUAGUAAAGCAUCUAACUGGCUACAAGCGAUGAACAUGCUCCCUUCUCUAUCAGUUUUACGCUUGUCUUCAUGCAAACUUGAUGACUAUCAGCCUAUUUCUUAUGUUAAUUUUUCAUCCCUCGUCGAGCUUGAGCUUUCGUUCAACAACUUUGUUAAUACAACAUUUGACUGGCUUCAUAGUCUUACCUCCCUUGUUACACUAGAUCUCAUGUCUAAUCAUAUUCAAGGAGUACUUCCUAAUGCCAGAACUGGAUCCCUUCCCCAGCUGAUGGAAGUUGACCUGUCAAACAAUGUCCUUGAAGGAGAAUUACCAAAAUUCUUGGGAAAUCUUUGUAAUCUUCGAUAUUUAGACUUGUCUCACAACAGAUUUGAGGGAGGUGUAUAUGGAAUUUUAGGAAACUCAUCUGCAUGCGACAUGGAAAGUUUGGAGUAUUUAAAUUUGGCUGGGAAUCAACUUUCAGGGACUUUGCCAGAUCAACCAUGCAAGUGUCAAAAUCUAUCUACUCUCUUACUUAACUCCAACUUGCUUUCUGGUCCAAUUCCAGUCUCAAUUCGAAAUCUUUCAGUUCUUGAAGAGCUAGACGUCUCUAAUAAUUUUUUGGCCGGUUCUGUUUUCGAUAUGCAUUUUUCCAACCUGACAAGAUUGGAAAGAUUUAUUGCCUGUUCUAACUCAUUGACUUUGCAAGUAAGCUCUGAUUGGAUUCCUCCUUUUCAACUUCAAGUAUUAGAGAUGGAGUCAUGGCAAAUAGGCCCACGAUUUCCUGCAUGGCUUCAGUCACAGAAAGGGCUUCGAGUUCUAAAUUUAUCAAAUUCGGGAAUUUCAUAUGUAAUCCCUUCUUGGUUUUGCAACCACUUUUCCCAAAUCAGUUUGCUUGAUCUUUCUCAUAAUCAGAUUCGUGGCACUAUUCCAAGCUUAAGUUGUUCAGUAGCAGCCUCUGUUGAUUCAAACUUAUCCAGCUCACCCCCUCUCUUCUCUGACCCUUCUACCUUUCUGCUAUUAGAUCUCUCUAAUAACUCAUUUCAUGGAUUUCUUUCAUCUAUAUUGUGUGAACAUAAAGCCAGUAUAAGAUCUCUGAUUUUUCUUGAUCUGUCAAGAAACCUUUUAUCCGGAGAAUUUCCCAACUGUUGGAGUAGCUAUGCUGAUUUGCAAGUGUUACACUUGGGAAAUAAUAACCUUUCAGGAAAUCUUCCAAGCUCCCUGGGUUAUCUAUCUGAUCUUCAAUCGCUCGUUUUGCACAGAAACAAUCUGGUUGGAAAUUUACCGUUGUCCCUGCAGGAUUGCAAACUGCUAAAGCAUGUAGAUCUCAGUGAGAAUCAUUUCUCUGGUGCCUUACCCAGUUGGUUGGGAAAUAGUUUAGAGAAGCUUAAGAUUCUUGUGCUUCACUCAAACAACUUCAAUCAUAGUAUUCCUCACGAGCUAUGCCGUCUCAAUUCUCUCCAAAUCUUGGAUCUUGCAGAUAACGACUUAUCAGGAUUCAUUCCGAGAUGCUUAUCUAAUUUUAGUGCUAUGGUGAGACAAUUAGAAGGCUCUAGUAGAAUCUUUGAGGAUUUCUACACGUUGGGACAGCCCUGGUUCCUAGAAACAACAGCAGUAAAGGAGAAAAUAACAGAUCAAUAUAGUAACACACUUGCUCUCAUCACAAGCAUGAACCUCUCGCGCAACAAUUUAGUUGGAGAAAUCCCCCAAGAACUCACAAGUCUCUACAGCCUGCAAUUCUUGAACUUAUCCAACAACCAACUCGUAGGAAAGAUUCCUGAGACAAUCAGUGCCAUGAAAUUAUUAGAGUCACUUGAUAUCUCAAUGAAUCAACUCACAAAUGUUUCAGCAGGAUAUGGAUUAACUGGAUUAAAGAGUGCAUUACCACUGUUUCUUACUCAGUGA